AGAUCCCCCGGAGGCGGGGCUUCGAAUGGGGAACAGUACAUCUUUUACUACAGCUUUGUCUGACACUGACACUGCAAACCAAAUACAGGAAACUAUCUCUGACAACUGUGUAGUGAUCUUCUCAAAAACGACAUGUUCCUACUGUAACAUGGCAAAGAAGUUAUUUGAAGAUAUGAAUGUGAAUUAUACAGCAGUAGAACUAGACACAUAUGAAAAUGGAAGCCAGUUUCAAAAUAUUCUUCAUCGAAUGACUGGAGGCAGAACUGUUCCCAGAAUAUUUAUCAAUGGAAACUUUGUGGGAGGUGCUACAGAUACUCAGCGGCUUCACCGAGAGGGCAAGCUGCUUCCUUUAGUUCAUCAGUGUAAAGUGCAAAGAGCAAGAAAGUUGGAACAGCCUUGUAGCCUUCCUUAACCUUGUGUUUGAUAGAAUAGCAUUGCUGAGACUUAGCAGCUUUUUGGUUUGGGCACUUUGUUUAAAUACCAUGUAUAUGUUCAUAAUAUUUAUGUGCAGUAGCAGAUCUGGAAAACACAGAUAACUUAUCAAGAAGUAAAAUGCAUCUUACAUCCUGUGUGUUGAUGUGGUUGUGUAAGCUCAGGCUUCAUUUAGAUACGUAAGCCUAGCAUUGUGUCAGCAUUUUAUGGAGCAUGGAAUUAUGUAAUGUAAAUGCUUGUAACAGGCAGUACUUCUAAAGAGAGUAGUGUUUGGUAACCAAACAUUAAGCUAAUAAGCACAUAGGACACAAGUAUGGUAUAAAUUUGGGAGUAAACUAGUUCUUCAGGCAGCAUCGAGCUUGUUUGUCAUUACUAAUGUCUCCAGUGGUCUGGAUGCUGCUGUCCUUUAUGUUUUUCCCAGGAUAGAUACCACUUUCUUUCACACAAUUUACAAUAAUACUACAAAUCCGGGGCCGCACAACUUUGAGCCUCCCCCUAGUGUUGUUAGACUACAACUCACAUCAUUCUCAGACACAGUGGCCAGUAGUAAGGGAAGAUGGGAGUUAUAGUCCAGCAACAGCUGGAGGCUCGAAGUUGUGUAGUCCUGCUCUAGUCCCUCAGAAGUGGGUUAUAAUUAGAGGUAAAUGCAGGUUCCAUAAUUCACUUGUGCUUACUAGAAGAGAACUUUGCUUAUGCAAAUGCUCUACUUGCAUGAGCUACCAAAGGCUCAUUUAGAUAGAGCACUGCCAGAGAUAGGUGAAACAGCUGCAACCUGAGUCUGUUACUGAAACAUUGCAUGUAUAUCUUCUCUUUGUCUAAAUCAGGCCUGCUCAACUUUGGCUCUCCAGCUGUCUUUGAAUGACAACUCCCAUAAUCCCCAGCCACAGUAGCCAAUAGCCAGGAAUUAUGGGAGUUGUGGGCUAACAUCUGCAGGAGGGUCAAAGUUGAGCAGCCCUGGUCUAAAUGCUACAAUGGUAAGUACAUAUGCCCAGGUGGAGAGGUAGCCCAUCCUCAAAAUGUCUAUUUCUAAAUUCCUGGUGAUGAUAGUACCAUUGUCUUCAGCACAAAGUCUUUUUUUAAAAAAAAUCCUAUUUAUAAAAUAUUUGUGUUCUUGCUUUGUGCUGUAGUGUUCAGGCCCCCUCCCUGAUACAGCUACUGGAACCCUCAGAGCUGCUUCUGAAGAUUAAGGGACCCUCUGAAGGGCCUUCAACGUGGCAUGAUUGGCUGCAGCUGGGAGGGAAAACAGUCUGUCUCUCUUUGCAUGUUCUCUCCAUCCUGGGCUCAGUUUCUAGUUCUGGAACUAGAAAGUUUCUAGUUUCUUUCACAAGGAAGCAUUAAGGAAAAUGCCACAGCCUUCUCAGUGUUCAGAAUUAAAGCCAGAUAUGUAACUAGAAAAA